AUGCGGAUAGAGAAGAUGGUGUUGAAAGACGAAUUGCUGCACAUCGGUGUGGCAUCAGACGUUUCUUCCGUGGCGCUGCGGCCGUACGUCAUUCCUCUUGACCACUGCGCUGUGAGUCCUCUCUUCUGGGGGGAACAGCACCCCAGCUGCCAGUGCGUUCCGUCAACACCAGGGAAGCGGCGUGGUGUAGUGUCACUUGUGUAUCCUAUAAAGACGUUUGAACAGCAAUUCAAAGAUUACCUCACCCACAUGAGCAAUUCAUCGCAUCGAGGCAUUCAGCUUGCCGUUUUCGUGCCGACUAGUUACAGCGGUCGGCACCGGCCGGUGACUGUUGGAAAGAGUAUUGUGGCGCUAGACGAACUAAAACCUUCAUGUCCCAUCUCCGGUUGGUUUACCAUCAUGAGUGAUGAAACAACGACCGAUGAUGCUGUGCAGAAUGAGGGUGAAAAGGGUGUGCCAGGGGCUUUAGUGGAGGUAGGGAAGUUGAAAAUCACCUUUACAGUUGCAUUCUUUACGCGGGCGCCUCCGUCACCGCCCCGGCCUGCAGCCCGGGCCGCCUCCGCGAUGUCCCGAGGAAAAAGUGUUGAAGUAGAAGAAAGGACGCAACUGCUGCUGCAGGAAGGCGGGAGGUGUCAUGAAACGGAGUCCUCGACGGCACAGGCACCGCCGUCGUCCUUGCACGAAGCGAGUGUCGCCGCGGCGGUGCAACUAUCACCGAAACCAAAACUUCAGCAAGCACAACAACAGCAACGAAUAGAAAGAGGUGAAACAACAGAACGAGUACGAUUUGCUCCUCAGGCGCAAGCCCACGAAGCUUUGACAGCGGUGAUUGAAUCGUCCAAGUCAGCGCUUCCAACAACACCACUUAAUUUAGAAACAGAGUUGAACCGACGAGAUACGAUUGGCCAACUCCUUCAACGGGGGUAUCGCUUACGCGAAAAAAUGGCGAAGGCAACCUCUACUCAUGGCGGUAUUGAAGCUAUUUCCUCUCCUGUCAACCUUAUCUCUACACGCCCAACCCCCAGUGUGCUUCAAAACACAGGCUACAUUCCCCCUCCGUCGGGUGCUGAACACCUUCAUGGCAGUUUGCCCAUUCCACGUGAUACGCUUGAAAGUUCUGCUAGUUCGGGGAGCGAUGCGUCGAUGGAAAGCAGUGUAGAGGAUGAGGAUGAUGAUGAUAAUGGCGGUGGCAUUGGGGUUGCGCGGCAUGACAAGGAUCAGAAAUCAUGGUCUGACGUUAAAACAGGGAAACGUCCGUUUCGGUUGCCAUUUCGCACUGGUGGGACAACCCUCAGCGAGGAUGCGUAUGUGGAGGUUGACAUCUCUCGAAUUGCGUUUGCAUCGGGGCGAAGCACUUUGGGAAUGGAGGAGAUGCGUAUCGGUAUUCGUCUCUCGAAGGACGUCAAAACUGACGAACCGGUGGAUUCCUACUCUUCCUAUGUACAUCGUGUUCCCCUUGUCCGUGGUGCAGACCACCACAUCGUUAUCGGUUUUCCGGUGCGCGCGUUCAGUGCGGACAAAAGUCGCAUGGUCAUAUCGUUCUACCGGGUGCGGUCCGCGCCGGUGGCGAACCCGCCCGGUGAGUUGCUGCUGCCGGUGCCACCCUCCGCGCAGAGGGUGCUCGUGGAGGAGACGCUUCUUGGGAUGUGCAUCGUUGGACUUUAUAGCCAGAUGAGGGACAUUGUGUUUCAUGACCCCAUCACGGGUGAAGACCCAGCGCAGGCGCACCUCCGUGUAUGUGUGCGCGGCAAUCAUGCAGACACCACGGAGCACGGACGUGUCAACGGGGCAUUGGGUGAGGAGACACUGGCAAGGCAGUCCAUCUCGACAGUGCCAGGGGUCAAGGGCGGCAAAAUGGCCCUCACCCUGGACAACCGUCGUGUGCGCUCGAGUGGUGCCGUGGAAGGCGCAGCGAACGGCAUAGAGGUAAAGAGGGAAUCCUCACAUGGGCGAAAACGUGACGUGCAAUCACGGAGCUCAUCUUCUUCGUCAUCGUCUUCAACAACCUCGACGGCGCAUUCGUCAUCGUCCUCUCCCAGAAAUAGGGCAGCAGAGAGAGUGAGAGCAAGUGGUGGUGGUGGUUCACCUAACUUGGGCAACGUUUCUGGAGCCCCACCCCUACCGUCCUUUAGUGCCGCCGCACGACACCCUACCGUGACAGCUGUUAUGUCUGCGGCAGCUGCUCAUAAUAAUAAUAAUAAUAUUGAUGCUGCUACUGCUGAUGAUGAUGAUAGAUACAAGGAUGGCUACCCUGUAGAGUAUGUCACCCGCACCGGUGCCGCGACUACCCUGCCGCAGCAUGUAGAGCGUCAGCUAGCGACUGCUCCCUCAGAUCGUUUCCGCAUGCAUGUAUCGAUACGCUCUGGAAAAGACCUUCCGAUGGUGACGCUGACUCGCAGCGGGUCUCCUCUGGUGUCCGUCGUCGCUGCAGUCGAUCAACUUAAGAAUGGUGUCCGCUCCGCUGUCACAUCAGAUGGUCGCCUUGUCCUUGUCGACAGUGAGCAUCGUAUUUUCCAGCCUCCGACAACAUUCUUUGUUAUUGAAGACGUUUACAGUGGGGCGGAGUCACGUGCAGCUUCGCGAGGUGCCGUGCCUGAUUGGUACGUUGAAGCCGCAGUGCGUGGCGAGUACGACCGCACGCUAGUGGUUCCACACUCCCGCAACCCUCAGUACGAGUACGAGUGCGUCCUCUCACUUCCACGAGAAGCGGUGUGUCUGCGGCAAGCUGUCGACGGCGAGCGCGCCGUGCCACGCGCCAGAAAUUCACAGUUGGCGCCGGACUCUGAUCUGUCCAAGGCGUCACGUCCCUCCAUGUAUUUGCAGGAGAUGCGUCUGACGCUAUGGCACGCCCUGAACGACGUAGACCCCGUGGCAUCGACUGAGCCUGUGAACGACGAAAAGGAAUUCUGGGCGAGGACUGCGAUGUUGGGUGACUGCCGCGUUGACCUCCGCUCUCUGCGCUUCUUAAAAGUGCUUGAUGGAUGGUACCGCGUCAACUCAGCGGAGAAAGUUGAUGAAGUUGUUGGGUACGUUCGUGUCAGUGUGCGGCUGUUGUAG